CGGCGAAUAGUGCCCUAUGGGAGGUCGCGAGCUGGGGAUUGGCUAUAUUUCUGACGGGGGACGGGGCCUAAGACUCCGUGGGUUUCCCGCCGACGGUUGGCCGCGUCACGUGACAUGGGUUGGAAGAUGGCGUCUCCCACAGAUGGGACAGAUUUGGAAACAUCUUUGCUAAGUUUUGAGAAACUUGACCGUGCCUCUCCAGAUCUGUGGCCAGAACAAUUACCAGGUGUUGCUGAAUUUGCAGCUUCUUUCAAAAGUCCUAUCACUAGUUCUCCACCCAAAUGGAUGGCUGAAAUAGAACGUGAUGACAUCGACAUGUUGAAAGAACUAGGAAGCCUCACCACAGCUAAUUUGAUGGAAAAGGUACGAGGUCUACAGAACUUGGCCUAUCAACUGGGGCUGGAUGAAUCCAGAGAAAUGACACGGGGGAAAUUCCUCAACAUUCUAGAGAAGCCCAAGAAGUAGCAGUUGCUUAUGGACAGAUGUCCUGAGGACUGUCACCAAGUUCCCCUCCUAGUGCAUCUCUGAUGAUGCACACCUCAUGCUUCCUUGAGAGAGUCCAGAGGCUGAACCUCCAGGGUUGGCCCUUCUCCCCUGCUCCUGACACUCCACACCUCUGAGGACAAUUAGCAGCAAGAGAAGAAUCUGCUCUACCCAAGGAUCAUUGCCUUCACUCAGUCAACUUCAAAGCUUCGAUGUAGGUAACACCAGAGGUCCUGUUACUUGCUUUUUUUGUUUGCAGAAGCAAUUCAGGAGCCUCGGGAUCCUAUAGUUGACCUGAAUCUAUGGUGACAGUCAUUUGUGACAUAUGGGUUGGAUGGGUUCUCUUCAGUUGUACUUGAUCUCUUAGGAAGUAUUCAUGAUGUGCGAAGAUCAAAGACCAGCUAGAUUCUGGACCGACUAUACAUCCUGCUUGACCGGUAAAUAUAUAAAAUAGGAUAUAGAAUUAUAGGAUACAUAAUUGCUUCCAAGACUCCACAGCUAGAGAAGCCAGAGUCUUUUCCGUGUCCACCUGCUUUGCAAACUUCGUACCUCUCGUGUCACUCCUGCUCUCCCGCCUUCCACUCCCCACCUCUCAGCCACUCAAAGGUCAGGCUCCAGGUGCGUGGAUCUCUAAGUAGUUACUCCCUCUGGGGAUUAGCUUACAGAGUGAAAGGAAAGGACCAUGCUAUGUCACCUUAGGUUCUAGUCCUUAAAACCAAAGUGAAGGUGAUAAAAAGGACUUUAGAGUUCUAGUUGAUCUGUUAAAGAUAUAAAUGAAAGAGUGUAGCCUGGAAGAUAGAAGAGCAAGGUUUAAUUAGAAUUCCCAUCUGGUUGAAAAGCUAGAAGUCUAGUGGACCUCGUACAUGCUCUCAGAUGGUAGCAGUGUCUUGUCCCCCUCAUCUUCCUCACGGAGCACAUACCAGAUGUUUCAUCUAUGUGACCGAAGUGCAUGCACACGACACACACAGACACACGUUAGAAUUUCCUGGCUUAAAUACAACUUUCAUGGCGUUCUUCACCAGUUGUUUAUUUCUGUUAAAAUCUGAAAAUCCCACAAAUGGGUAAAAUCAAUUAUAUAUUUCCUCAUGUGUUUCCAGAAGUACAUAGAGUUUUUGUGGAAAGACUAUCUCUGUGGCAAUAGUCCAGGGGAGUUUGGAUACAGGAGAAGCUGUGGUGAGUGAGGUUUGUGGUUGUGGUUGUGAAUGUGCUAGGGCAUGGCACUCUCAGUUUCGGAGCCAGUCCUGUGAUCAUUUUCUGUCGUUUACCCCUGUUUCUCAUGCUGAAGUUAAUUGGACUUUUCUUUCAUUUAUGCCAUUUAAUUAUCAACAUAAUUUUACUUUUUAAAAUUUAUUUUUUAUUUUAUUGUUUUGAUUUUUCAAGGUAGGGUCUCCCUCUAGCCCAGGCUGACCUGAAACUCACUAUGUCAGGGUGGACUCAAACUCACAGCAGUCCUCCUACCUGGGCCUCCCAAGUGCUGGGAUUAAAGGCAUGUGCCACCAUGCCCAGCAAUUUUACUUUUUGAAAGGAAUAAAACAGUGGGUACAUAACAAAAGAUGAAUAUGAGAAGAGAAAUACUCCUAGAAGGGCCAGUUUUAGAGGCUUUGCUUUUAACUUAACCCUAUGAUUGACAUUUCUUGGUCUCACUAAAUGCGGUUGAAGUAUAUAUGUACAACUGGUCAGAAAAUAGUGCCACAAUGUCAAAUUUAUUUCUUCACUCUAUUUUGAGAGUUGAUUAUAUCAGGCACUUUUAAGUGUUUGGGGAAAUUGAAAAGUGUGUGUACUGGGAUUCUUCCCCCAAGCCAACUCCAGUCUGUGAUGGGAAGUCAGGUAGUUGGUUUUCUGACCUGCUCUGGCCUCCUCCCUAUACUGUCAUCCUAUUCACCAGCACUUAAUGUAAGUAGAUGUUUUAGAUUUGCAGUAUUUAUUGUCUUCAGAUUUAUUGUUCUUAGAAAUGUUAAUGACAUAUUUUUAUAUUGAUAAUAUAAAUUUAUGUACAGUGUAUAUGUGUAUGUACUUUAGGAUGUUAGAGGAUUGUACUUUGUAUAUAAUGUUUUCUGUGUCUUCAUAAUAAAUAUCUAUUGUAGAAGAAACCAA